UCGUCGUAUCAAAGCUUUGUGAACUUGAUUUCACUCUUUGAUUUGAGAAAGGCGUCAUUUUAACAUCUCUUCUGGCUUUAAUGCUACUGUCGGCAACAUGCAGAAUUUGGGCCUUGAGAUAUCCUCCCCCUCGCGAUAUUUCGCGGAAAAGUCGAUGGGCGAAACUGGUUUUGUUGAGACCGGCCAUUGUUGCGUCCUGCUUCAACUUCUUCAUCGUCUUGUCACUCAAGAGAGCAGCAUCGGUCGUGCGGCCUUACAUCCUUGAACCACUCGCGCUGCUUGUGUCUUGGAUACUCACCCGACUGAACCAUCGUCGGACGCGAUCAUCAUCAACCAUCCUCCUACUGUUUUGGCCUUGUUACACCGUCGACCUCGCGAUAUGGACCAAAUCGUUCGUGUAGGGCGAAGUCUCGAAGGGACUUUUCGUAGUUCUCUCAAAUGGGCUGUCGAACUUUUCUCUCUCCCGGCACACGCGCUGGAGUGCGUCUCCCCUGAUGAUUCGGUCAAGGAUAAUACGGAGAGCCCAAUGGUCACGGCAAAUGUAUACAGCAUCUGGUGAUUUGCUUGGUUGACACCGUUGAUGCAGAAAGGUUCGAAAGAGUUCAUCACGACUUGCCUGCUUUGCUUCCCC